AUGCAACUACUACACUACUACUACUCCAGCCUCCAGCCUCCAGCCUCCACCCUUCAGCUUCCAGCCUCCAGCUUCCAGCCUCCACCCUUCAACUUCCAGCCUCCAGCUUCCAGCCUCCAGCUUCCAGCCUCCACCCUUCAGCUUCCAGCCUCCAGUCUCCGGCCUUCAGCUUCCAACCUUCAGCUUCCAGCCUCUAGGCUUCAGCCUACAGCCUCCAGCCUCCACCCUUCAGCUUCCAGCCUCCAGCUUCCAGCCUCCACCCUUCAACUUCCAGCCUCCAGCUUCCAGCCUCCACCCUUCAGCUUCCAGCCUCCAGCUUCCAGCCUCCAGCUUCCAGCCUCCACCCUUCAGCUUCCAGCCUCCAGCCUCCAACCUUCAGCUUCCAACCUUCAGCUUCCAGCCUCUAGGCUUCAGCCUACAGCCUCCAGCUUCCAGCCUCCACCCUUCAACUUCCAGCCUCCAGCUUCCAGCCUCCAGCCUCUAGGCUUCCAGCCUCUAGGCUUCAGCCUCCAGCUUCCAGCCUCCACCCUUCAACUUCCAGCCUCCAGCUUCCAGCCUCCAGCCUCUAGGCUUCCAGCCUCCAGCCUCCAGCUUCCAGCCUCCACCCUUCAACUUCCAGCCUCCAGCUUCCAGCCUCCACCCUUCAGCUUCCAGCCUCCAGUCUCCGGCCUUCAGCUUCCAGCCUCUAGGCUUCAGCUUCCAGCCUCUAGGCUUCAGCCUCCAGCCUCCAGCUUCCAGCCUCCACCCUUCAACUUCCAGCCUCCAGCUUCCAGCCUCCACCCUUCAGCUUCCAGCCUCCAGCCUUCAGCCUCCACUUCCAACCUCCAGCUUCCAUCCUCUAGGCUUCAGCUUCCAGCCUCCAGCCUCCAGCCUCCAGUCUCCAGCCUUCAGCUUCCAACCUUCAGCCUCCAACCUUCAGCUUCCAGCCUUCAGCCUCCACCCUUCAGUCUCCAGCCUUCAGUCUCCAGCCUUCAGCCUCCAACCUUCAGCUUCCAGCCUUCAGCCUCCACCCUUCAGUCUCCAGCCUUCAGUCUCCAGCUUCCAGCCUCCACCCUUCAACUUCCAGCCUCCAGCUUCCAGCCUCCAGCCUCUAGCCUUCAGCUUCCAACCUUCAGCUUCCAGCCUCUAGGCUUCAGCCUACAGCCUCCAGCUUCCAGCCUCCAGCUUCCAGCCUCCAGCUUCCAGCCUCCACCCUUCAACUUCCAGCCUCCAGCUUCCAGCCUCCAGCCUCUAGGCUUCCAGCCUCUAGGCUUCAGCCUCCAGCUUCCAGCCUCCACCCUUCAACUUCCAGCCUCCAGCUUCCAGCCUCCAGCUUCAGCCUCCAGCCUCCAGCCUCCAGCCUCCAGUCUCCGGCCUUUAGCUUCCAACCUCCAGCUUCCAUCCUCUAGGCUUCAGCUUCCAGCCUCCAGCCUCCAGCCUCCAGCCUCCAGCCUCCAGUCUCCAGCCUUCAGCUUCCAACCUUCAGCCUCCAACCUUCAGCUUCCAGCCUUCAGCCUCCACCCUUCAGUCUCCAGCCUUCAGUCUCCAGCCUUCAGCCUCCAACCUUCAGCUUCCAGCCUUCAGCCUCCACCCUUCAGUCUCCAAUCAGAAGACAGUGGGUUUUGA